ACUGCUCAGUAGGUCAAAGCUAUUUUAAGCCAAUGCCAAAAGGUUACUUGUUAAAAUUCAAAAAGAAAAGUUGAUUACAUUUCGUUCGCAUCUAAUGAAUAAUUCUUAUUUGACAAUUUUUUUAACGACAUGAAUUUAGAUUUGAAUGAUUUGAUAAACGAAGUAGCAGAAAAAAUAAUUCUGCAUUGGAAUUAUAGAGAUUUAGUUGAAAUUCCAGAUGCAGUGAGGAAUGUUGGCAGUCAUGUGCAAGAAAUCUAUUUAAAGUGGAAUAAAUUGAAAAGUCUUCCUCUUUGGAUUUCUGAUUUCUCAAAUGUUACAAAUUUAUAUUUAUAUGGUAAUAAUAUAGAACAUCUGCCUGAUUCUUUGAGACAUAUGAACAAUCUGGCUGUACUUGAUCUUAGUGCCAAUCAAUUAAAGGAGCUUCCUAUUUGUUUAGGAUAUUUGAAGAAUCUACGAUCUUUGUUGCUAAAUCAGAAUUUUAUAACAUCAUUACCACAAUCUAUGAGUCAAUUGAAAAAUCUUGAACGCUUAUUUUUAUCUGGAAAUCGAAUAGUCGCACUACCAGAAUGGCUUGGCGCAUUACCAGUAUUAGGAGAAUUAUUUGUUGAUAAUAAUCUGUUGGAAGAAAUUCCAAACAGAUUAACAUUAUCUAAUUCUUUAUCAAUUAUAUCCGUGUGUUCCAAUAAACUGAGUUAUUUACCAUUAAAUGGUUUUUUAUCAGCCCCCUGUAUUCGUUUUAAUUCUAAUCCAUGUUUAAACUAUUUGUCGUUGCCUGUAUUAUAUCAAUUAAUGUGUAAAGUUCAAUAUCCUAUGAGUGAAGAAUCUGGGAAUGCAAUAGCGCAUGGUUGUUUCAGAUCUAAUAGUAAAACGAAUAAUUGCAAUAUCAAGACCAAACUAUUGUUAUUAUCCAAAAAUAAUUCUGAACAUAAGAAAUUUGUAAUAGAAUUACCAAGGCAAUUACUCGUUAUCCACGAUAUAUAUGAAAAUAAAGUGAUUUCGUUAUGGGAGUUGUCGCUUAGAAAAGUUUAUCUUUCCAGAUUUCAUCAUACUCUUGAUAUUUCAUGGGAUCCACCAAAUGUAUAUGUAAAACAAAAUCCAAUUUUAGAUAAAAUAAACUUUGGCAUUGAUAAAUACCUAAAAUCUCUGAUACCGUUUGGUUUAUUAUUAAAUGGACCAAUUAGCAUAUGUAUGAAUAAGUAUUGUAAUGAACCAAUAUUUUCCGAGGCAUGGAUCCUUUUAGGAAGUGGAAAAAAUACUUUUGCCAUUCCAACAAUUGUGAUAUUGUGUUGCCAUAGAUGCGCUACAGAAUUUAUUAAGACUUCAAAUUUUAUAGAAAAUCAUGAUAUAUAUGUAUAUAUGUGCCAAGAUUGA